AUGAUAAGCUGCGAUUUCUUAUGCAUUAUUGUUUUAUUGCAAUUGGACAUGUUUUUCACCCUGUUUAUUCUUCUACAUACUGUGUGUAAAACCAAGGCCUUGGCUAUAGAUCCCUGCUCGGCCUACAUCAGUCUGAACGAGCCCUGGCGAAACACCGACUACCACGUCAACAACUCAGCGGGAGUCCCUCUGUGUGACCGGCAUGUGGCCGGAGAAUGGUAUCGCUUCACGGGGAUGGCCGGCGAUGCUAUGCCCACCUUCUGUAUUGAAGAGAAUCACUGUGGUACUCAUGCCCCCAUUUGGCUGAAUGGCAGCCACCCACUGCUCCGUGACGGCAUUGUCACCGUGCCCGCGUGUGCCAGCUUCAAUAAUAACUGCUGUCACUGGACCGCUAGUGUGGACGUGAAGGCCUGCGCUAAGGGUUAUUACGUCUACCGCCUUCCCCAGCCCUCCGUCUGUUUCCACGUCUAUUGUGGCCAUUUCUAUGACAUAUGCGAUGAGGUGGAGUGUAAUGGGGCUGACUGUCCUGUUGAGCCUGAAUGUCGCUGUCCUAGUGGGACUGUUCUGGGAACUGAUGCACAGACGUGUCUGGACGUAAAUGAGUGUGAGAAGGAGAAUGGGGGCUGUGCAGAAAUAUGCAUCAACACCAAGGGUUCUCGCCGAUGUGAGUGUGGCCGGGGUAAAGUGCUGGACGUGGAUGGAAAGAGCUGUAAGGAGAUUGCUGGAUGUGAACACGUGAAUGGAGGCUGUAGUCAUGGAUGCUCCUCAGGGGACGACUCGUAUUACUGUCACUGUCCACGGGGCUUGACGCUGGGAGAUGACAAACGCAGCUGUCAGGUCCCUGUCCAGUGUGAUCCGAGCUCCAUAGAGGUCUCAGUUCCCAAAGAUCUGGUUGGAGGGCUGGAGCUCUUUCUGUCAAACUCCUCCUGCCGUGGCGUUUCCAAUGGCACCCACAUUAACCUCCGCUUUAGCUUGAAGAGCUGCGGCACUGUAGUGCAGGUCACUGAUGAUAAAAUUGUUGGGACUAACUUGGUGACAGGGCUGCCGAGGUCAAGUCCUGGCAGUAAUGGGGACCUGAUCGUGCGCACCAGUAAACUACUCCUGCCAAUUACCUGCGAGUUUCCACGUCAAUACGAAGUGUCCGACGGUUACCUGCCCAGCCUACGCAACACGGCACUCGAGUUAGCAGGACACAGUGAAGGAGUUUUCCCCUUCACUCUGGAGCUCUUUAAAAACGCUGAGUUUUCCGAACCCUACAGCCAACCUCCUCAACUGCGGCUGCGUGACUCGCUCUACUUUGGCGUGGAACCUCUAGAGCGGGUGGAUGGUCUCAGCGCUUUUGUUGAAAGCUGUUUUGCAACACCCAGCCGCAAGGCUGACCAGGCCUUAAAAUACUACCUCAUUAAAGAUGGCUGCAUUUCAGAUGAAACCGUGCGUCAGCUUUCAGCUAAAGACCAGCUCUCCAAACACUACCAGGUCCCUGUCUUCAAGUUCAUUGGCAAGGACAACAAAGAGGUGUUCCUGCAUUGCCGUGUGCUGGUGUGUGGACAGGCUCAAGGCGAGACUCGUUGUACACAGGGCUGUCGAAAGCGGUUGAGGAGAGAUCUCUGGGUCGAUCAGCACCAGAAGCAAGACGUUCUGUCAAGUGGACCCAUUCACAUACUGCCAGACCCAUGAGACACAACCACCAUCCAACAUGCAUUACUGCUAAUAACCCAUAGCCACACAAACAUAACAGCGCCCUCUACAGGCUAUAAGUUUAUAUACACACAUUCAUACAGUAUAACUGCAGUAAUCUGGCAUUUAUCAGUAACAAGGCACAGUUGCCCAAUCCUUAAAAAGAUAAGCUCUAAGCAUUUGUGGCAUAAUAACAAAAAACACAGAAAUUCAUUUUGACUCAGUAACUCAUUUACUCACUAACUAACCCCAGAGGUCAAACUGAGCCGUGCUGAUCAUAUAUCUGUUAUUCUGCAAUGAUUUUUUGCUUUCCACUGCUUUUGAAACAACAUUUACAAAUCCUUUAGAGACUAUAAACAUAUUCUAACUCAUUCUGAAAAUCUAGGUGAAGUAUAGAGUGUGUAUAGUAAUGCAUAUCUGCCAAUGUGAGCACAGAAACAUAUAAUUUUUUAUUGUAUAGCUUUCACAAUUGAAUACAAAACGUUCACAAAUAAACCUGAGGAUUUCAAUAAAGCUUUUAACAAGACACCAUCUGUGAAAUUGCUGGGUCUUA